CGCGCAUGACUGAAUUAUUUUGCGAAUUGCAACAAUCCCGAGGAGGUUAUGACGACGACCGGGGCCCAGGUCGAUUCCAUAUGAUCUCGUCGUUUUGCUCACGGAACAGAUAAAAAACGGCACCGGUGUUUACGAUCCUCGGGACAGGCAACGGCAACGACGACGAUGUUCGAGGGAGCUAUAGCGGCAUUUUUGAACCGUCUGCUGGGCAGAUACGUGGAGGACCUGGACACAGAGCAAUUCAAUGUUGGUAUUUUCUCUGGGGAUACGUGCCUCACCGACCUGAAACUGAAGCCGGAGGCUUUGUAUCAACUGGGACUACCUAUUAGAGUAGAAAUCGGUUUGAUAGGAAAAAUUAUUUUGAAAAUACCAUGGUCUGGACUUUUUUCGCAACCUAUUGUGAUAUGCAUAGAGGAUGUAUAUGUAGUAGCAGUACCUGCAUUAUCUGGUCCAUACGACCCAGAAAUACAAAAACGUUUGAUGAGAGCUGAAAAAAAGAAGAUACUUGAUGAUCUUAAGGAAGAUGAAAUAUUUAGAGCUGGUCUACCUCCUCAAUUAUUUGAUGGUCUACUAACAUCAGUCACAAAGAACUUUCAAAUUACUAUAAAUAAUGUACAUAUUAGAUAUGAAGAGAAAAUAUUGCGCAAUUUCCUCUGUGCCUGUGGUAUAUGUAUACAAAGUAUAUCCAUAACGACUACUAACAACAAAUGGAAGCCCGGGGUAUGUGCUACAAACUCGCAAACGGUGUACCAGCUUGUACGCGCGGAAUCGCUCAGUGUAUACAUGGAUCAUGACACUGAAUCCUGUAUAAAUAUACAGGGUAAUUGGGACAUGUCCAAUCUGUUCGCGUGGAAAAUUACGAUGCAAAGAGCUCUGCAGACGUUCGGGAUGAAGAACAAAGAGUUUCAGUUUUUGUUAAAGCCCUUCACGGCCAAGAUUAAAGUUAUCAUACACAAGGGUACGGAAACGCAAGCUUCACGUAUGUUAGUCGAUAUUGUGCUCCAGGAUGUAGCAAUGCAAUUAUCUGAAGCGCAAUAUGCUACGUUUUGUCAUAUUUAUGAUUCUUUGCUUCGUGCAACUAUUAACAGGCCACACGCUAAAUAUCGUCCUGAGAAAACUGUAUAUGAGGAACCAUCAUCUUGGUGGAAAUACGCGUAUAAUUUUGUUUUGAAUCAUUAUAUUAAGCCAUAUACUUGGUCACAUAUAGCCCAACACAGAAGAAAUUACAGAAAUUAUAAAGAGGCGUGUAUCCAAUGUUUGCAACGACCAAAUGAUACAGAAUUAAAACUGGAUAUGCAAAAACAUGAAGACAGUUUGACGAUAUUAAAUAUAGUGAUUGCUAGGGAACAUGCUAGACAGGAAUUGAGAAACAAGGAUAUCGAGCGAGAGUGCCAAAUUACAACAACGAAUCCAUCGAAAGAUGUUGAUGCAGAAGUCAUAUUACCGGAUAAUGAUCAAGCACAAAAUGUAACAGGUCAAUGCAACAAAGUUGAAAAUCAAAAUUCAUUACCAGAAGGAACAGAAAACUCACCUGUUUUCAAAAUAAAAUCGGGAAAGGCAUUGAAACAGAUUGAUUAUAAAUUAAAUUUUACUUUGGCAAAUUGUUGUCUGAGCCUCUUAAGAAAAGGCAAAGAAAUGUUGAUCGUAACUAUCACACAAUUUCUGACUAGUAUCGAGGCACGGCCUACGUUAUUAGCUUUCAAGAUAUCUGUUCGUGCUGAAAGUUUUGUAAUUGAAGCUAUAUCGACUGAUGGCGAUUUGGUUCCUUUGAUUACAGUAGAUAAUAUAUUAACAGGGAAUGUAUCCACAUAUUUUUUGGCGAUCGAUUUUGAGAAAAAUGGAUUGAAUAUGGAUCCUAUUUUUGAAGUAUCCAUAAAGUUGGAAACUAUUGAAGUGACUUAUCAUCACUUUGCUAUAGUGGAAAUUAUAAAUUUUUUCAAAUUUAACACCAAUUACAUUCAUGAUACGAUUCGCGGAGUAUACAGACUAUGGGAUUGCGUCAAAAGAAGAUAUUUGAACUUUGUGGACGAUAUCAUCUCACAGACACUGAGAAUCAGCUUUAAAAUAGACAUUAAAAGUCCUUAUAUCAUAUUUUCCGAAUACGGAUCAGUUCAAAAAGGUGGGCAUAUACUUGUUCUGGAUCUCGGUAACAUAAUGUUGCUCAACGAGCUCCAAGCAAUGAAUUUACAGUUGGAAGAUGCUACUCUCAUGGAAUUGGAAGAAUUACUUUAUGAUAGACUCAAUAUAGUAUUCUCCGGCGCGCAAAUUUUAUUUUGUCAUUCAGGCGACGAUUGGCGUUCAGCAAGAAAACGGAGUGACUCGGAGUAUCAUUUGUUGCCUAAGCUGCAAACAAAUGUGACUCUUUCAUAUAGUAUUAGACCUGAAUAUCGUCAAUUACCACGGACAAAACUCAAUGUACACAUCUCAAACGUGAAAUUGAAUCUAUCGGAAAGUAAACUGCGACUGCUGGCAUAUUACUUGAAUAAAUUGCUAGUUCUAUAUGAAAACAAUAUUGAAAAAUAUAAAGCUACCUUAAAAAGUUCGAUUUCCGAACGAAAAUCGAGUAUUGUUUUUAUUUCAACGAAAGAAUUGAUGAAAGUACAAUCUAGUGUAUGCUUGCCGUCCGUCUCAAUGAUGCAUAGUGAUUUUAAAUCAAUCAUUAAGGAAGUUAUUAUCAAUAAUAAUGUAUCAAAGCUUGACAGGAGUGUCGUCUCUUCAGAAGUUAGUGAAGAGGACUUGGAAUUAUUAUCUAAAACAAUUAAUUUGUCAGGAUUUGACGAUAAUAUAUCUCCGUGUAAUCACAUUAAUUUAUUACUUCGCUUUGCCGUAGGAGAGUUCUCUGUAAAUCUGGAAGAUAUGGCGGAUAAUCGAGAACAGCCUUACUUAAAUUUGAGAUUGCACACCUUGUACUAUGAAACAGCCAUAAUGGAAUACGGCGUUGCUGUUCAGUUUGGCAUUGGAUCGAUUUUUCUAAUUGAUAAGACGAAUGCUGGCGUUACCGGAUCAUAUCUAGAACUGAUAUCCACCGAUGAGUCGUAUGAAGUCCUGGUUGUGUCGUAUCGUAAGGUUAAAUCGAAUUGUCCUGAUUUUAAAUCUCAUUUCAAAAAUAUCGAACGCUCGCUGGUUGUGAAUCUGCUAAAUAUCAACAUAAACUUUCAUAGAUCUGCAUUGUUGAAAAUGAAAGACUACUGGCAUAAAUUUCAAACUGUGUGUCAUGGUACCCUCUUAUUGAAAUACGCCGACAAGAUAUGCGAUAAUAUUAUAAAACGAGAACAAAAGAAUAUUGAUCCACCAAUUCCACCAGGCGCAAUUAAACUGAACUAUUCAACUAGGCUCAGUUCAUUAGUGAUACGUUUCUGCGAUAAAGAUAUAGAUUUAAUGGAAAUUAAGAUUUUGGGUUUAGAAAAUGAUUGCAUUUACAAUGCGAAUGAGAGAAUGGUGUUGCGUGCACAUCUUAGGAGCAUACUCGCUGAAGAUUUGAUUGAUGAUACGCUUUAUUCUAAAAUCUUGAUGACUGAUGAAGAUAAAGUUUUUGAUCUAAAAUAUGUGAGACACAUACCAAGAUUAUAUAAAUGCUCUGAUAUCGAUACAAAUCAGGAUGAUGUUAUGUCGGAUGGCACUUUUAAGCUUUCUAUUGGACGAAUAAAUUGCGUGAUUAUUUCUAAAAUUCUAUAUGAUUUACGGAAUUUCAUAAUACCAUUUAUGUCUACAUAUUAUACGCGUUUCUUAUAUUACUUGAAAAAUAAAUUCGUUGGAGGGAUUGAACUAUUUAAAAGGAGCGCGACGAAACUGCAUAUUUUUAUUGACAUACAAGGGCCUACUUUUUUACUGCCACAGAAGAAAGAUGCCCCGAGUCUCUUGGUUUUUGAUACAGGCGUAUUAUCGGUUGAAAAUUUUUUUAAGAAUAGUGGACAGUCAAUACAAUCAAUCAAAACGACUACUACCGAUAGUAAUCAAUUAAUAAUUGAUAAUAUUUUGGUAAAGUUGAAAUCUAUGACUGUAUCUAGAGCAAUUAUGACUCUGACUCGAGAUUUAGAAGUCCAGGAACCCAUUAUCGAACCUAUACAAAUUCAGUUUGAUAUCAAGAGAAAAACGGAGUAUCGUAGCAUUAUUGAAUUUCAAACUUAUGGUUUAUUCGAUAUACAAGGAGUUAUUGAUAUCGUAAAUAUAAAUUUAAGUCAGAGAGAUCUUAAAUCUCUCAUAUCAGUGUGGCAAGAUAACAUUUCUAAGAUACUAUUGCUUAAGAAAAUCGGUGAAAAUGAAGAUAGAAUUUUAACACAAGAUUCGCAAAAGAAUGCUAACCACGACGAUGACGUUAUGGUGAAGAAACUGGAAAAUUUCUUAACGCACAAUGAAACAACAUUAUGCGAAGUCAAUAUAAAACUUGCGUUGGAGGGUUGGCAAUUAAAUUUGUUUAUGGAUACAGAAGAGGUGUUGAGUUCUCCUGUACGCGAUUUAAAUCACGGUUUAUGCAAGCUGGUCUUUGGAGAAACUAUAAAUACAUGGGACUUUUAUAGUGACAAGAGUUUGAAAAUGAAAUUGUCUUUGCAAAGCUGUUUGUUGCAGGAUACUCGUAAGGAUUCGGUCGUCGAGAAAAGAAUAAUACAAUCGCCGGCGAUAUCCUUAGAAAAGAAUUUGGAAUCUUGUAUUUCCGUAUCAAUGUCUCCUAUAGUCGAUAUAACAUAUAGUCGCACUCAAGCAGAGGAAAAGUGUUUCGAUGUUCUUAUUCAAGAUAUACGAAUUAAUUUAUCUGUGCCUUUCUUGAUGCACUUGGGACGUUAUUUUCUAGAUUCCUUACCCGGUGAACAAAUAGAGAAAGGAAUUAUUAAUCACGGAUAUGAUAAUAAUAAUCAAAUGAACCGGAAUACUUUAAACGCAGAAAUUGACAAAUUAAAUCACUCCCAAUAUUUUAAGGAACAGCCAGGUACUUCAAUAUCAAUUAGAAUACAAAAACCAGACAUCUUUCUAUUCGGUGACUUAGAGAAGAGCAGCACUCACGUAAUACGAACGCAAGCGGAAGUGUUUAUUGAAAGUAGCAGACACAGUCGAUCCUCCUCAGUAGUCUGUACGUUGACCAACGUCAACGCCAAGACUAAAGGACAAGGAAAUUAUGAAUCCCCGUGUUGGUUAUUACGUCCCUGUGAUAUAGAAAUUUGUAAAAAGAAGUUAUCUUGCGGUAAUGAAGACAUUACUGUUGCUAUAAAUAGUAUUAAUAUACAUCUAUCAGCGGAAGUGAUGCAUACUUUUAUUGACAUAUUGAAUGAAGCGUCGACUUUCUUGAACAGUAUUAAUUCGAAAACAGACGAUGACGGUAAUCAGAACACAAACAUGCAUAAUCUUUGGACACCAAGAAAAGUUUCUAGUAUACCAUAUAAAAAAACUGACGAACGUAACAGAGAAUUAUAUUGUCGCCGCAACGAUCAAGUAACAUUCAAUUUGAGACCUGUGCUAAUAUGUUUAUUGCUGGAAAUGGAGUAUGUCGUAGGAAGAUUUCCAGUAAUGAGAAUGGAAACUGUCAUUACUGCUACCAUUAAUGAUUGGCGCAACAAUUUUCAUCUUGAAUCCAAUGUGAAACUUCACGCGUUCUGUUACAAUAGAGCUCGUCAGAAUUGGGAACCUUUCAUUGAAUUUUACACGAAAGAUGACAUAGAUUAUAGACCAUGGGAAUUCACAAUCAAGAUAUAUCGAGGCGAAGCGAAUAUGAUUAAUUCUGAUUGGACGGAUCCUUGCCAUCACAUAAAGCAAGAUCCACUAAAAGAGAGAAAAAAAGAUACGCAAUACAAUAGGGAGGAUAUGACAGAUAUGACAUUUAUUGGACCUGAUGUUGAUAUGAUUUCAAUUAUAAGAAAAGAACCUGAAACUUAUGAUACAUACGAGGAUGAAUCUGACACGGAUGAUGAUGAGAAUGAUACAAAAUUAACAAAAAUUUCAAAUUAUUUAUUUAAUAGUACCAGUGAUGGCGAAGAAAGCGAUUCUGACGAUUCAAGUACAAAUGAGGAUGAGGAAUUUGAAUUAAUACUGGAUUGCAAUCCUGAAUGUUGCAAUCCUGUCGCACAUGUACCGACAAAAAUGAAUCUCACCGCACCAUAUAUCAUCAUGUAUUCGGAGAACAAAGUUAAUAUUACUAUAACGCAAGACAUGAUUGCAACAUGGAAUGCAAUUUCAAACGCGUUUACACAAGCGAGGAGUGGAAUUCCAUUUGUACCCACUAAUACGCGGGAAUUAACUAUGUUAAACGACAUAGGUCACGCAAGUCGAGUUGAACUGCUUGUUCAAGAGCAAGUGGAUGGGAAUAACGAUAUGCGUGUCGUAACUGCAUAUAAUUUUCAUGACGGAAGUUCACCAGUCAGUGUGCCUAGCAGUCCUGAGAACGAACAGGCGGAUCUCACGAGUCCCCUAUGGGCCGGUAAGGAAACCACUACGAUCAUAUCGGAGUGUAAAGCUUUCCCCAUCGACUCACCAGUACAUAUCUAUAAAUCGAUAACCGAUGAACUUCUUCGUAUCAUCUUUGAAGGAUUCGAAGACGUGUUAGUGUAUUGCCCGAAGAAAGAAACGCGUAAUCUUGUAGCACUUCGUCCUGUGAGACAUGAUGUUCGUUAUUACUUGGUGAUAGAGGCAUCCAUAAAUAAUUUUUUGCAUCGUACAAUUUGCGUGCGAUCUCCAUUACAGUUUCGAAACGAAACCUCAUACACCUUGGGACUUUAUUACAAGAAAGCGAUGAUAGACAAAUUGAAUCUGACGCUAACCGGUGAAACUACAAAUCCUUUCGAUGAUAAUGUGAGAAUGGCGAUCAUAGAACCUGACGCAACAUAUAAUAUUCCUUUAUAUAUCGCUUAUCAUUGCCCAAUACACGUUCUUCCUGCAUAUCUAGAGAAAUAUCAAGUCAGUGAAGAAGGAAUUUAUUGGAAAGAUUUGAGGGGUACAGCAAAUGCAUUUAAGGAUGUAUGCUGCGAAGCGAAAGGCGAUAAUAAUCGUAAUGUAUUCUGUGUCAGAGCGAUAUGCACGGAACUCCCAUUAACGACUCGUCCCUCAGGUUGUCAAGUACCGAAUUACUUGAUAAAUAUCGUUCCACCUAUUAUUUUCAAUAAUCAGUUACCUUUUGUCAUCGAUGUCAAUAUACCUGGCAUCAAUUACGAGGUGAAAAUUGAACCCGGGGAGAAAAUAAACAUGUAUUCUUUAAAUCAUGGCAAUAACGUACAGUUUGUUUUCAAGAUACACAACUAUUUAGGCAUGUCUUGGAUGGGUGCGGUAAAACUAAAUAUGAAUCUGGAGCGCAAAUUUGUGUUAAUGUCUACAGAUAGCGAGUCAGACUUAAUGAAGCCUUUUCUGCUGUGCUUAGAAUUAUGCAAAAUUCUCAGUUGGAACAUUAUUAUACAAUCACAAUAUUGGAUAAUAAAUAAAUCUGGCUUACCGUUGUUUAUCCAGGAUUGUCAUUCUCAUAUAACAUAUGAGAUGCCGGAGGAGGAGUUAAUGGUAUUCUCUCAAAAGAACAAUAAGAAGAGUAUGGUACGAUUAAGAGCACAUCAAUCUGAAUGGUCAAUGCCAUUUGGACUGGACGGGAUUACAUCGAUGUCAUUGAUCAUAUGUCGCGAUAUCGAACGCGGACGAAAGUAUCAGAUUUUAACAGAGAUAGAGAGCUCACGUUUAUCACCGAUCUUCACAAAGAUCAUAACAUUUCUACCAUACUUUUUCAUCUGCAACAAAACCAAGAAAGCCUUGAGAUUCAUGGAAGAGAAUGAAGAGGCCGAUCUUUGGAACGACCUCUUGCCCGGGCAAGAAAUGUCAUUCUGGCCCGCCACUGAAUCUAUGAAGAUGAAAAUAAAGUGGAGAAAUAGCCAAUUGGUUUCGCAACACUUUGAUAUUACGCAUGCGGGCAAAACUGUGCUGAGAAUGGAUAAUGGGUCGGCACUGUGCGUGGAGAUCGAAGGCGGCGUCAGUACUCCGUAUCGUACAACAUUCCGAAGAUAUAUCACUGGCGAUAUACCAGUGAGAGUGGAUAAUCUCUGCGACAAAUUAUUUCUGAAGCUGAAUCAAAUUAAUUUAGGCCAAGUCGCAUUGCUCAAACCAUUUCAAAGUUUGUUAUAUACAUGGGACGAUCCUACUCAAACUAGAGAAUUGAUCUGGAAUGUUUACAGUAAUAAUGCAAUUGGUUACAGAGCACAAUUCGAGACGGAUGGUUGCGGACAAGAAAAAGUAUCUUUCAUAACCAUCGAACGACGGCACAGUGCGUCUUAUUCUUCCAUUACUCCCAAGUCGCUAGCGAAUACGAAGUCAUGGUCGGAGGAUACGAGUGGAAGUGUCAAUCACGUUCCUAGCGCGGAAUCCGAGGCGAAGUCGCAAAUGUCGGAGCAUAUGCACCAAGGUGAAGCAAUGGUUUACUGGGUGAGCUAUAUGGAAGGUGAGCAACGCGUGAUGCUGUUCACACAGCACGAGAGCGUGUACCUUAAAGCGAAGAGCAUUAUUGAUCCUGAGGCGAGCAAAAGAGAAAUAUUCUUAUCAAUUGCAGCUAUUGGAAUAAGUGUUGUUGUACAUGAAUCCAAUCCUCAUAACACCAGACGGGAGUUAUUGUACGCUAGUGUGAUCGACUCAGCCGCGCAUUGGGAACUUUACUUCAGCAAACGAUGGAGGAAUUUAUCACUGGAGCUGAGCGCUUGGUUAGAAAAUAAAUACACGAAUUCCGCGAAGACGGCACAGCUUGAGAAUUUCAUUGACGUUGACUUCACAAAAAUGCAAAUGACCAAACCAUUCUUUGGCAAGUUGCGAAGAACGUAUUCGCCAGGUAUCUGGUUACAUUGUAGAUCAACCAUAAUUUUUCUGUUAUUGUAUGGUUAUAUAUAUAUAUAUAUUUUUUUUUUUCCCCGUCUUUUGCAGAUCGAUAAUCAACUGAACGAAGCUACCUUCCCAGUAGUUCUAUAUCCCAACUUGGAAAAGACUUUUGUGAAUUAUGCUGGAAGCCGUAGAUUGAAGCAUUGCUUAGAAUUCUCAUAUCUGAAACAACGCAAAUUAAGAAGCAUUAUUUACAAAGGAAUAUGUGUCAUCGUCAGGGAGUUUAAUUUGAAUAUAGAAGAGGCCUUCCUCUGUUCUUUGAUCAAUUUAGUACCUAAGACACCGGAAACUAAACAUUCGAUUGCCGCGAAACUAAGGAGAGAUGUGUCCAAUAUGCGCGUUUCUUCAAUUCGCAAUAUUAGUAAUAAUACAAACAGCAAAAGAAAAGAUUUAAUAGAGCAGAUAUACAUUUCCCCGAUAGCAUUACGCUUGAGAUUAUUGGCUAAUACAGAUGGAACUAACAUGCGUAAUUUCAACAACGUGCUUGGUUAUCACAAUGUUCUUCGAUUUAUUUUCGAGUAUGCGGAGAAGGGUACGUUUAAGAGGGACGUUGAAUUCAGAUUGCCUGACUAUCGAAAAAGUUUCAUGACCGUGGAUAACAAAUGGUUCCUCUCCCAUCUUUCACGUAUCUAUAUGGCGCAGAUUAUGGAGCAGUUCCACGUGUUGGUCCGCUUAACUACUGUCCUGGGAAAUCAGUAUGGCUACAACUUUAAGUCGCCAGGGAGCAAUUUCUGCGAGCCGGAUUUGCUAUUAAUGUGUGGGGACGAAUCUGCGGAGAAAUUGGCACAUGAGGUCGCAUGCGAGCUAGGAUAUGCUACGCCCGAUGGUACACAAGCCUCAUUUUUAAGCGGCCAUGACGUUCACACGCUUCAUUACAAGAUGAAAGAUACAAAUUAUCGAAAUCCAGAUGUUCCGCCUUUGGCAUUUUUACUCGAUCAUUCAUUCGCUACAGAAAUUGAUUUGGAGACUUCUGGCUUGAUCACUACGUCGACGAAUAGCAUUCAUCGAGAAGAAUUAAGAUAUUUCUUCAAAACAUUGGGAAAGAAAACAUCUGUGCUCUUCAAGGCGGAAAGUUCUUGUUUGAAAACUUAUUCGAAAGUAAUAGCAGAUAUAAUAAAAAGGGCGCAAGAGGUGGGCCUCGUAUCCAGAAUACGAUUGCCGCGAUAUAUUAAUCCACAUUUCGGCGUGGAGUCAUUUUCGACGCAUAAAGCGAAAGGAGCGUACUUAUUAAACCUUGUAAGUAAAGGUCACUGCGUUCAGAACGAUUCUUAUUGGGGACACGCUACGCUUCACAGCGACGGAAAAUACAUUACGCUCAUAUCUUUGCAACGAAUAUACUAUAUCGAGAAAGGAAAUGCAUGGGGAUCAUGGAAUGUGAAAUGGACUUUGGAAACUAAUCAAUUGCUGUCACCACCAACCAUCACUAAGAAUAAACUUGUUUUGCAUAUAGAGAACGAGAAAGAGACAUCGUCGUCUAUGGUAGAUUGGUAUGUGGAGAGCGAGGCCGAGGACAUCCUGAAUUGGUUGUGUCGCAAAAUGAACAAUGCAAUGAUCCUGAACAUGGAGAACAGCAUUUGUUCCAAAUGAGAAUAUUUGGAGUUGGUUAAUGAGGCCACCGCAAGGAGGAAACAAAGAACAAAGAGGAUGAAGAGAUCAGUGUAUUUACAUAUUUAGUUCGGCGUAAUAAAAGUCUAUACGGUGAAUGCAAAAAAAAAAAGAAAACGCUAUAUAUAUAUAUAUAUCUCUUUCUAAUGCCCUA